GAACGCCAUGAACGAUUUCGCUUUCUUGCUCCCUACGUUUUACUGCAUCACAAUUCGCAUGUGUUACGGGUGAGCCGGGAUCUAAGUGCGUCGGAGCCUGCCACAGCUCGUGUCAUGGAACUCAUUCCCAUUAUAGUUACUGCUAACGCUCCAUUCUAGUGCAUGCGUGUCUCUAAAACUUCACCAAGAGGAUCUGGCGAAAGUGCAGCUACGUGCUGAAUUACUCUUUGUGUGAGAUAAUUUAAGAGCUUCUCUCACCGGUGUGUCACCCAAAGUUUGGGAGACCUCUGUUGCUGUCCACACAAGCUUGCACACUACUGCUUGGGCUAGCUAGUGAGUCUUCGGACUACUGCAAGAAAUGAUGCUCCAACUCGUGGCUCUACGUCGCUUUCCAGUGACACUGCUCAUUACAGCAGAGCGCCAAGGGCGGUAUCACUUCCGACCGCUUAGCAGCAUAUCCAAGUCCGAGAAGAGGGUGAGGUCUAGCUACUGCAUUCAGACAUGCACGAAGCCGCUAUCACCGGACACACUUGGCACCUACGUGGACAGAGCUGCAGAAAAAUUUGGUGAUCGUGUUGGCUGGGCGUUUGUGCAGGAGGGAAAGCAAUGCACCUUCACAGACUUCAAACAUCAGGUUGACCGAGUAGCCCGAGGCCUGCUGUCUCUCGGUUUCUCCAAGGGAGACACCUUGUUAAUAUGGUCGCCCAACACCUUCAACUGGAUUCUGAUGGCCGCUGCGAUGGCUAAAGUUGGAAUAAUUUUUGCAAGCAUCCACUUUGCAUUGACGACACCCGAGGUUGAACGGUACCUCAACACGGUAGGGUUCAAGGGCGUCUUCAUAGCCGAACCAUUCAAGCUGUGCAACUAUUACGAGGUGCUAUCCACGCUGAUACCGGAGCUCAGACAUUCCAAGCCUGGACAGCUCAACUGUGCCAAGUAUCCAUUCUUAAAAGCCGUCAUUGCGGAUGGUGACCAAAAAGCACCAGGCUGCGUUUCUUUGCGUGAGGUAAUGCAGAGUGGAGAAGCCAAACUGCGCGAGCCCCAGGAAAGAGUGAGCAUGGACGACCCUCUCACAAUACUAUUUACUUCGGGAACAACGGGGUCUCCAAAAGCUGCCGUACUCAGUCAUCACAACUUCGUCAACAACGUUGUGGCAUACCACUACAGGCACAACUUUUCAGAGGACAUGGUUGUUUGUAAUCCCCUGCCAUUCUUCCAUGCGUACGGACUCAGCCUGGCCGUGGGUCGGACACUGAUAUAUGGGGUCAAAGCAGUGGUGCCCUCACCCAGUUACGACGUCGGUGCCUUGUUGAAGGCCAUCCAAGAACAUAGGUGUACGGAUAUCUCUGGAUCCCCAACGAUGUACGUUGACAUGAUCAGAAGUCCACUGCUGAAGCUCUACGAUGUGUCUUCCCUCAAAAGUGUGAUGUGCGGUGGAAACGUUGUCACACCUUCAAUACGAAAACUGAUCCGAGAGAGCCUCAAUACAUCAGUGGGGGUAGGAUACGGCGCAACGGAGCUAACCAUGGCUGCUAUAGCUUUGUUCGACGACGACCCGGAAGACAAGAAAAUGCACACAGUUGGCCAGCCAUUGCCCUGCCUUGAGGUAAAGAUCGCCGACCCUGCAACAGGCCUCGAGCAGCCUAUAGGCAUGCCUGGUGAAGUUUGGUGCCGAGGCCAUAACGUCUUCCUUGGCUACUACAAUGACGAGCGGAAGACGAGGGAAUGCAUCACGCGAGCUGGCUGGUACAAGACUGGUGACGUAGGUGUAAUGGAUGAAGACGGCUACGUGACUAUCGUCAGCCGAAUCAAGGACAUCGUAAUCCGAGGUGGAGAAAAUAUCUUUCCGGCCGAGGUGGAAGAAGUGCUCAACACCCAUCCCGCCAUCCACGAGAGCCUGGUGAUUGGCGUAACAGACGAGCGGAUGGGGGAAGAACUCUGUGCGUGGAUAGUACUCAAGGUGAACGCAGAAGUGACAGACGAAGAGUUGAGACAUCACUGCGAAGGAAAGCUCACCCGUUUCAAGAUUCCACGGUACUUCAUCUACGACCCCAAGGUGCCUAGGACGGCCGUCGGGAAGGCACAAAAGGCCAAGAUGCGCCCAUUGGCCGCACAAUUCCUUGGGCUCACAAACUGAACCUUCCUUUGGCAUCCAGUUGUUCUUGUAAAUAAACGUGACGACAUCCGA